AUGGUUCUGCGUAGGACUUGUGUGUCCUGGCACCGGGCAUGUGGCACCGGGCAUGUGACACACCGGGCAUGUGGCACCGGGUAUGUGGCACAGGGCAUGUGGCUCACCGAGCAUGUGGCCCACCGGGCAUGUGGCACCGGGCAUGUGGCUCUGGGCAUGUGGCUCCGAGCAUGUCGCAUCGGGCAUGUGGUACCGGGCAUGUGGCACACCGGGUAUGUGGCACCGGGCAUGUGGUUUCAGGCAUGUGGCACCGGGCAUGUGGUUUCAGGCAUGUGGCACACCGGGUAUGUGGCUCCAGGCAUGUGGCUCAUUGGAUGUACAUGUAUUGUGACUAACCUCAAACCUCAACCUCAAACCUCAACCUCAACCUCAAACCUCAACCUCAACCUCAAACCUCAACCUCAAACCUCAAUCUCAACCUCAAACCUCAACCUCAACCUCAAACCUCAACCUCAAACCUCAACCUCAAACCUCAACCUCAACCUCAACCUCAAACCUCAACCUCAAACCUCAACCUCAAACCUCAACCUCAAACCUCAACCUCAAACCUCAACCUCAACCUCAAACCUCAAACCUCAACUCAAACCUCAACCUCAAACCUCUAACCUCAACCUCAAACCUCAAACCUCAUCCUCAAACCUCAUCCUCAAACCUCAACCUCAAACCUCAUCCUCAAACCUCAACCUCAAACCUCAAACCUCAUCCUCAAACCUCAACCUCAAACCUCAACCUCAAACCUCAAACCUCAUCCUCAAACCUCAACCUCAAACCUCAUCCUCAAACCUCAUCCUCAAACCUCAACCUCAAACCUCAUCCUCAAACCUCAUCCUCAAACCUCAACCUCAAACCUCAACCUCAACCUCAUCCUCAAACCUCAACCUCAAACCUCAACCUCAAACCUCAACCUCAAACCUCAUCCUCAAACCUCAACCUCAACCUCAAACCUCAAACCUCAUCCUCAAACCUCAUCCUCAAACCUCAACCUCAAACCUCAUCCUCAAACCUCAACCUCAAACCUCAAACCUCAUCCUCAAACCUCAUCCUCAAACCUCAACCUCAAACCUCAACCUCAAACCUCAAACCUCAUCCUCAAACCUCAACCUCAAACCUCAUCCUCAAACCUCAUCCUCAAACCUCAAACCUCAAACCUCAUCCUCAAACCUCAUCCUCAAACCUCAUCCUCAAACCUCAACCUCAACCUCAAACCUCAAACCUCAUCCUCAAACCUCAACCUCAAACCUCAUCCUCAAACCUCAUCCUCAAACCUCAAACCUCAAACCUCAUCCUCAAACCUCAUCCUCAAACCUCAACCUCAACCUCAAACCUCAUCCUCAAACCUCAUCCUCAAACCUCAACCUCAACCUCAAACCUCAUCCUCAAACCUCAACCUCAACCUCAAACCUCAUCCUCAAACCUCAACCUCAAACCUCAACCUCAAACCUCAACCUCAAACCUCAACCUCAAACCUCAACCUCAACCUCAAACCUCAAACCUCAAACCUCAUCCUCAAACCUCAUCCUCAAACCUCAACCUCAAACCUCAUCCUCAAACCUCAUCCUCAAACCUCAACCUCAAACCUCAACCUCAAACCUCAUCCUCAAACCUCAACCUCAAACCUCAAACCUCAACCUCAAACCUCAACCUCAACCUCAAACCUCAGCCUCAAACCUCAUCCUCAAACCUCAAACUCAAACUUAUCCCGGCUCGACCAGUCAUAUAUCAUCAGAGACUUCAACACCGACUAGAGACCUCACCACAGAGACCUCUCCACAGAGCCCUCUCCACAGAGCCCUCUCCACAGAGACCUCUCCACAGAGACCUCUCCACAGAGCCCUCUCCACAGAGACCUCUCCACAGAGACCUCUCCACAGAACCCUCUCCACAGAGCCCUCUCCACAGAGACCUCUCCACAGAGACCUCUCCACAGAGCCCUCUCCACAGAGACCUCUCCACAGAGCCCUCUCCACAGAGCCCUCUCCACAGAGACCUCUCCACAGAGCCCUCUCCACAGAGCCCUCCCCACAGACCCCUCUCCACAGAGCCCUCUCCACAGAGCCCUCUCCACAGAGACCUCUCCACAGAGACCUCUCCACAGAGACCUCUCCACAGAGACCUCUCCACAGAGACCUCUCCACAGAACCCUCUCCACAGAGCCCUCUCCACAGAGACCUCUCCACAGAGACCUCUCCACAGAGCCCUCCCCACAGAGACCUCUCCACAGAGACCUCUCCACAGAGCCCUCUCCACAGAGACCUCUCCACAGAGACCUCUCCACAGAGCCCUCCCCACAGAGACCUCUCCACAGAGACCUCUCCACAGAGACCUCUCCACAGAGCCCUCUCCACAGAGUCCUCUCCACAGAGACCUCUCCACAGAGACCUCUCCACAGAGCCCUCUCCACAGAGUCCUAGCCACAGAGACCUCUCCACAGAGACCUCUCCACAGAGACCUCUCCACAGAGCCCUCCCCACAGAGACCUCUCUACAGAGACCUCUCCACAGAGACCUCCCCAUAGAGACCUCCCCACAGAGACCUCUCCACAGAGCCCUCUCCACAGAGACCUCUCCACAGAGCCCUCUCCACAGAGUCCUAGCCACAGAGACCUCUCCACAGAGACCUCUCCACAGAGACCUCUCCACAGAGCCCUCCCCACAGAGACCUCUCCACAGAGACCUCUCCACAGAGACCUCCCCAUAG